AACCCAAGCUGCGCCGCCUCCAGUCCACUCGUCUUGUCUGCCUAGUGGUGGUGCGACCUCCCCUCCUCGCCGGCCCGGCGCGCCGCCGAACAUGGACCCGGACGCGGUGCGGCGCAGCCUCGAGCCCACCGCCUCCGCGGAGGAAAUCACGGGAUCCACCACGGCCCGCCUCCACUUCUACGACCCCUUCGUCCUCCACGGCGUCAGCAUCGAGUCCGCCGAGCACGGCCGCCUCCUCUGCUCCUUCGUCGUCGCCCCGCGCCACGCCAGCCCCGCGGGGUACCUCCGCAGCGGCGUCACGGCGACGCUCGCCGACCAGCUGGGGUCCGCCGUCUUCUUCUGCAGCGGGCUCCGCAUGAGCGGGGUCUCCCUGGAGAUCAGCGUCUCCUUUGUCGACGCGGCUACUGUCGGGGAAGAAAUAGAGGUUGAGGGAAAGUUGUUGCGUGCUGGAAAAUCCAUUGGUGUCGUUUCUGUCGAUUUCAGGAAGAAAAAGACAGGAAAGUUGAUGGCGCAGGCCCGUCAUACCAAGUAUCUUGCUGUGUCAAGCAAAUUGUGAGGCUCCCAUUCUGCUAACAAGAUAAUAAGAUAUAAACCCAAUUGCGGCCAAACUCUCCAAUCUCCAUCACUGUGCCAUUAUUACUCGUCAACAAUCAUACAAUGCUUGUGGUCUAUCCUUUUUAGAAAAAAAAAAUAGAAUGCUGUAUCUAUUAGGAAUUCGUGUAUGAAGGGUGGUCUGUCAUAGAUUAUAUAUUUCGAUGAGGCUUGUGGGCUGUAACUUCACAAGAAAAACAGUAAACCAUCCACAAUUCGUAUUCAACUCCACGGCUCCCUUGACUCUUGUUGCAUUGGUGUAGUCUGUCAUCAUCUUGGGAGAUUCACUCUGUAAAAAAUGAGAUCAUAGUUGCAUUAGUCUUUUAUCGGCCUAAAUGGUCCACAUAUUUAAUGUGGGUGUUGUGUAAUACAUAGGCCUAAGAUAGUUGGUGAAUGUAGGCCCAGCUGCCAUCACGCUGUGUGUUAUGUGAGUGUACAAA